GCAUUCCUGCGAGGCGGCUGGCUGCGGCUGCUGCCGGAGUUCGCUGCGCCACUGGGCGCUCGAGUUUGCCUUUUCCCUUUAUAUAUAUCUAUACACACACACACACACACACACACACACACACACACACACGUAUUUGACUGCUGCUCCGUUUUCUCUGUGUGCUCUUCUGCUGAUCUCGUUUUCUUCUCUCCUUCCGUGCCUCCUCCUCCUCCUCCUCCUCUUCUUCCUCCUCCUCCUGCCGCCACUUCUCCCUUCUCCCUUCUCCCUCCGCCCCGCACCUCUCCUUCUCCCUGGAAACCACUCUUCUUACAGGGAGAGACCAGUGGUUAGAUCGGAAGCUGGAUGGAUGGUUAUGGGGAAAGGGGCAAGCGCGAAAGCCCUCGGACUGAUCCAGUUCUUCCUCUUGUGGCUCUCCAUCUUCCCCGCAGCCAUGUCUCCAUGCAAGAUCAUGAAGUGCAACUCCGAAUUUUUAGCCGCAACUUCGGGGACGCAGCCCCCAGCCGCUGAGGAUGCUCCUGAGUUCUGCACUGCCUUGCGCGCCUAUGCCCUCUGCACCCACCACACGGCUCGCACCUGCCGGGGAGACCUCUUCUACCACUCUGCAGUCCACGGCAUUGAUGAUCUCAUGACCCAACACAACUGCUCCAAAGAUGGGCCCACCUCCCAGCCUCGCCUCCCCCCGCUGUCCCGGGGCGACAGCCAGGAGCGCUCAGACAGCCCCGAGAGCUGCCAUUACGAACGUAGCUUCCACAAACACUCCUUGCGCCCCAACUACACCCACUGUGGGCUGUUUGGAGACCCCCACCUGCGGACAUUUUCGGACAGCUUCCAGACAUGCAAAAUCCAAGGGGCCUGGCCGCUCAUUGACAACAACUACCUGAAUGUGCAAGUCACCAAUACUCCUGUCUUGCCUGGUUCCCUGGCAACGGCCACCACCAAGCUCACUAUCAUUUUCAAGAGCUUCCAGGAGUGUGUGGAUCAAAAAGUGUACCAGGCAGAGAUGGAUGAACUCCCAGCAGCCUUUGCUGAUGGCUCGAAGAAUGGUGGCGACAAGCAUGGUGCCAACAGUCUGAAGAUCACAGAGAAGGUCUCUGGCCAACACAUUGAGAUCCAGGCCAAGUACAUUGGCACCACCAUCGUAGUGAGGCAAGUCGGUCGCUACCUCACUUUUGCCGUCCGGAUGCCAGAGGAGGUCGUGAAACCUGUGGAGGAUGGAGACAACCAGGGCCUCUAUCUUUGCCUCCGGGGUUGUCCAUUUAACCAGCAGCUAGACUUCCAUGCCUUCCCUUCCACCCCAAAGGCUACUGAAAACCGUCCUCACCGGAAAGGCUCAAAUCCAUCUUCUUCACCGGAGGUGUUUACCUAUGAAUCAGCCACAGCCAAAUGCAAAGAGAAGCUUCCAGUUGAGGAUUUGUACUUCCAGUCCUGUGUCUUUGAUCUCUUGACAACCGGCGAUGUCAACUUCACACUUGCUGCUUAUUAUGCUUUUGAAGACGUCAAGAUGCUCCACUCCAACAAAGACAAGCUUCACCUGUUUGAAAGGACACGAGACUUGGAGUCAGGUGGUAUGGCCACCUCUGAGCUUUCCAUGGCUCUAUUUCUUUCGCUCUUGGCAUUUCUCUGCUUGAAUCAAAGUCCAUCCCUUUUCUUGUAGACUGGUCUAGACACACUUGGUUGAGCUGGAAAACCAAGGAAUGCUGUUAUAGUUUGGGGCAGGUGUGAAACUGAGGCAACUGGGGAUUGUGUUGACCCAGGUACGUCUAGAAAACAUGACUUUGGAUCUUCCUGUCAACAAAAUCUCCCUCCAUGUGGAAGGGUUGUCAGAGGUCCCAUCAGCCACGUUUCUUCUUCCUCCAGUUGCUACAGAUGAUGGAGAGCCCUUCCUUCUCACUUUUCUUGAAUGCCUUUUUUCACUGGCGACGGCAUUUGUAUAAUAGUGUUUGGAGAGGCAACCGGAACUGUUGCUCCUGGAUCGGGCAUAUAGUGCUUGGAGAUUACAGAAGACCGUUCAAAGACUCUCUAAGUGGGCCAGACAUAGGCGAGUCCCAUGACCUUGGGGGUCUGCUUUUGCAUCCUACUCAUGAAAACUGGGCUCGCGUAGUUGCAUCCUUGUGCAUGGGAGCCUGCUGGUGCACGCCUCUCUCCAGUUUGGCUUGGGCAGCUGCUGGCAGCUGCUGUUGGCUGGUUGAGUGGGUGCCGUGGAACUAGUCUGCAAGGUUUGGAUUGUCCCUUUGCCGCCUCUGGGCAGACGCCACCCCUACAAACUCGUUUCCUUCCUCGCUCGCUCUACUUCGGUCUCCUUCAUAGAAAAUGGCUUCCUUUCACCUUGGCAGAGGAUGAACUGGGAAGGAGCGGGAGGGAUGACCUGGUUUCAUGGGCAAUGUGAGCAGGUUGUGUUUCUUUCCAACUCUUGGGCCGGGAUCGAGAAUCACAAAGCUUCUCCUGUUUUCAAACUCGUUGUCCACUCCUGUUCUGGUACUUAGGAAAAUAAGCUAGGGAACUAGGCCAGUAUAACUCCAGUCUGUGCCACUCUAGGUGCAAAUCUUCUGGAUUACAUAAUCCUCAAGUCUUUCAUUUUGGAAAACAAACCAUGCCAAUCCAUAGGAGAGCUGGAACAUCUUUUUCAGUGGUGUUGGUUUUCAGACUGCAAUUACACCUUCUUCUCCAAUGACAUGUUCCUUUCUGCUUCUGCAGAGGGUAUGGUGAGUUGCUCCGGUCACUCCCCCUGCUCAGAAGGCUGCCUGCUGAGUUGGUGGCAUUACUCUACCAAUCAGGUCUUGUAUUAUAGAACAGAAUUCUUUAUUGGCCAAGUGUGAUUGAACACACAAGGAAUUUGUCUCUGGUGCAAAAGCUCGUAUAGCAUAAAAAACAAGUAUUGGGUCAUAGGUCAUAAUCAUAAAUCGUUAGGAAGCUCACUCCAAAUUGACCGGCAAUUUAUG